UUUAUUUCCAAAGUAGCUGUUUGGGGGUUGUACAUUAGACGAGUGAAGUAGUGUACUGUUAAUGGUGUUGUAAAGCAGGCUGGAAGACACACAGCAGCAGCCAGCGUCCUCCAGAGGUGGCGCGGCAGCCCGCUCACUAUUCUAUAUUCCUACAUGCUGUCACAGUGCAGGCAGGGCGACGUAAACAUGGCGACGGACGGGAUGGUGCUCACCAACCACGACCAUCAGACUCGAGUGGGGAUCCUGACCGUCAGUGACAGUUGUUACAAGAACUUGGCUGAGGACAGAAGUGGGGUCAAUUUGAAGGACCUGGUCCAUGAUCCUUCGCUGUUAGGUGGCGUCAUCACAGCCUAUAAAAUUGUCCCAGAUGAGCUUGAUGAAAUCAAGGAAACUCUUCUGGAUUGGUGUGAUGACCAGGAGCUUAAUCUCAUUCUCACCACUGGAGGAACUGGAUUUGCACCCAGAGAUGUGACACCAGAGGCCACCAGAGAUGUGAUCGAGAGAGAGGCUCCAGGUAUGGCUCUGGCCAUGCUGAUGGGAUCCCUUAACGUCACGCCACUUGGCAUGUUGUCCAGGCCAGUGUGUGGUAUCCGUGGUAAAACUCUGAUCAUCAACCUUCCGGGGAGCAAGAAAGGCUCUCAGGAGUGUUUUCAGUUCAUCCUGCCGGCUCUGCCCCAUGCUAUCGAUCUGCUCCGCGAGGCCACGGUCAGGGUGAAAUGUGUACAUGCCGCCUUGGAACAGCUGCCCUCUCCUUCCUUCCUGCUGGCCAACGCCCACACCAACACGCACGCCCACUCGCACACCAUGGAGCGAGGCACCCAGUGUGAAGAGGAGGAGGACGAGGAGGAGGACGAGCGGCGGAGAGGUCGCCACGCACACCACCACCACCACAAUCACCACCAGCACGGCUCUUCCCACAUCACCGCAGCUGCUAUUGCUGCCAAGACCAGCCAUGCUGUGGUCAUGGCUAAGGGGGGUCCCUACCUGCUCAGCACCACGCCUGCACUUCCCACUCAUUUCACCUGCUCCUGUAGCCAUGACCAGCAGAUUCCGGACUCGAUCAUUUCUCGAGGUGUUCAGGUGCUUCCUCGAGAUUCUGCCUCUUUGAGUUCCACCCCUUCUGAGUCACCCCGGGCCACGCAGGCGACCUCACGCCUUUCCACCGCAUCAUGCCCGACACCCAAGGUUCAGUCCCGUUGUGGCAGUAACGAGAACAUUCUCAGAGCCAGUCACAGUGCGGUGGACAUCAGCAAGGUGGCACGACGUCAUCGCAUGUCCCCGUUUCCUCUGACAUCCAUGGACAAAGCCUUCAUCACUGUUCUAGAGAUGACUCCUAUUCUUGGGAUUGAAGUCAUUAACUACAGAGACGGUAUGGGUCGAGUGCUCGCUCAGGACAUCUACGCCAAAGACAACCUUCCUCCAUUUCCAGCCUCUGUUAAAGAUGGCUACGCUGUAAGAGCUGCUGAUGGCCCAGGAGAUCGCUUCAUCAUGGGAGAGUCACAAGCUGGACAACAGCCCACUCACACAGUGAUGCCAGGCCAAGUCAUGAGAGUGACCACCGGAGCUCCCAUUCCCUGCGGUGCUGAUGCGGUCGUCCAAGUGGAAGAUACAGAACUACUAAGGGAGUCUGAAGAUGUCAGCACACCAUCAUUUGUUCAGGGGGUUGUAUGUGUCUUAUCAAGUGACAUUAUUUCUGCUGUGAUUCAGGGUACAGAAGAGUUAGAAGUAAGGAUUAUGGUCCAAGCUCGACCUGGGCAGGACAUCAGACCAAUAGGUCAUGACAUCAGGCGAGGGGAGUGUGUAUUAGCGAAAGGAACACACAUGGGCCCAUCAGAAAUAGGUCUGCUGGCUACAGUGGGAGUGACUGACGUCAGUGUGCACAAGUUCCCAGUGGUAGCUGUCAUGUCCACUGGAAACGAGCUGCUGAAUCCAGAGGACGACCUCCACCCUGGUAAGAUCAGGGAUUCUAACCGAUCCACUCUGCUGGCCACCAUCCAGGAACAUGGAUACCCCACUAUCAACCUGGGCAUUGUUGGAGACAAUCCUGAUGACCUGCUGUCAGCACUCCAUGAAGGGAUCAGUCGUGCGGAUGUCAUCAUCACCUCAGGGGGUGUGUCUAUGGGAGAGAAGGACUACCUGAAGCAAGUACUGGACAUCGAUCUUCAUGCUCAGAUCCACUUUGGGCGUGUCUUUAUGAAGCCAGGUCUUCCCACUACCUUUGCCACUGUUGACAUUGAUGGAGCACGGAAACUCAUCUUUGCUCUGCCAGGUAACCCAGUGUCUGCAGUGGUGACAUGCAAUCUCUUUGUGAUUCCUGCCCUGAGAAAGAUGCAAGGCAUUCUGGACCCCAGACCUACAAUUAUUAAAGCCAGGCUUUCAUGUGACGUGAAGCUAGAUCCCAGACCGGAGUACCAUCGCUGUAUUCUCACCUGGCAUCACCAGGAGCCACUGCCUUGGGCCCAAAGCACAGGUAACCAGGUGUCCAGCAGGCUCAUGUCCAUGCGUAGUGCCAACGGCCUGCUGAUGUUGCCUCCGAAGACGGAGCAGUACGUGGAGCUGCACAAGGGAGAAGUGGUGGAUGUCAUGGUCAUCGGACGACUAUGAUGCAGAUGAGAUUUUCACUUGUGACUGUGGUGCUGGGACCUCCUGGGUGGCAGGAAGUGAAGCAUGUCUACCUGGCCGCUAUUAGCUGUGAUAUCAUAUGCAACAGCCAAUUGGAGCCAGCACAGGCUGAAUUCUCAUGUCUGCAUUGAGAAAAAUCACUGUAUUUCCAUGGAAAAAAAAUAUAAAUAUGAAAUUUA